AUGUUAACUUUUCUAUUGUGAACCCUUGCAAUUGUUUUGGGCUUCACCGAUUUGAUUUGGGAAUUAUUUAUGCAUAUUUUGAGUUAAAAUCAGCACAAAACGAUGUCUUUUCUUGCGCAGACUGUGCGCCAAGUGCUGCGCCAGGUGCCCAAUCGCUCAUUGGCUCUAACAAGUGCCAUGCGUUCCUUGAGCAUUUCACCGGCUUUCUACCAGCAAAACAAACCGGCCCCCAGUUCGGUGGAUGCCUCUGCCAUAGCCAAAGACCAGCAAAAGGAGUGCCAGAGCAUUUGCGAGCGCAUCAACCAGCAGGUGGCCAAGUCCGAGCAGGGUCGCCUCUUCGCUGUGGUCCACCUCUGUGGAAAACAAUUCAAAAUCACCCCAGGCGACAUUAUUCUGGUGGAGGGCUACUGGCCCCCGACGAUAGGCGACGAGAUCAGUCUGGACAAGGUCCUGCUGGCGGGAGCCAAGGACUUUACCCUGGUGGGACGUCCCAUCCUAGAGCCCGGCCUAGUCUCUGUAAAAGCCACCGUAGUGGAGAAAACUCUGACACACACCAAAACACACUUCCGAAAGAAGCGCAGGAAGCAGUAUAUGCGAAUCAACUUCCAGCGCUCACCCAAUACCAUGAUCAGGAUCAACUCGAUCGAGUUGGCUCGACCCGUAGACCCGAAAAUUGAGCCGGAAUCGGUACCCUCGAGGCGUUUGUUUUAGUUACAAGUUGUUAAUCAA